CCACACAGCUUUCCAUGACUCACCAAGGAACCCAGGUGGUUUCCCACUAAUAACCCUGAGAGCACAGCAAACCCACCACUGAAUUACAUCAGCAACGCACAUCCAAACUUGCAGUUUUUGAUUCACACAGAAGAAACUAUAACUAUUUUCUACAAAGACAGGCAGACAGGUAUUUGAGAAUUUCCACACAAACACACAGAGGUGCCUGCCGUGGCAAGAACCACAGACCCAUUUUUCCAGAAGCCCAGCACAGCCGGCAGGGCAGGAGUUUGCCCGUAGAACACAGGAUCUCCCUGGCAAGAGCCCCAGGCUGCCCGGCACAGACACUUCCUGCCGGCGGUGGCAAUUUCCUCCCUCUCUGCACAAACUUCUGCUGAAAAGAGCCAUUUUACACUGUUUGACUCUGAGCACAGACAGCCCUCCUGAGCCUCCAAACAACAAAGGCAGACGGUGCUUGCUUCAGAGAAGAUAAAUGUACAGGAGAGGACCCUUGUAAAGAGGCUGGAGGAAAAUGGCCAGUAACCAGAUCGUGCUGGUUCUCUUCUGUGGGGAAAUCUGGAGCUCCCUUUCUGCAGCAGCACCUCACCACGCUGCCACGACCGAAAGCCACACGUGCAGCACUGCCGCGAGCCCACGCACAGACAAACGCCCUCUCUACCAACUGCAAGCAACUGGGCCCAGUUUCUACCAGUCUGCCACAUCCCUGGCUGUAACAGAACCCCAGGCCUUGCCAGGGGAGGAGGAAGCUGGGGACGGCAGCUGGGUAGCUGCGCUGCUAAUUGGCCUUGUUUUGAUUGGGAUGUUGCUGGCAGUUCUCAUCAUUCUCCUGUGGAAAUGCUGCAUGGGGCCUGUUCUGGCCGAGUCCCACUGGGCAGGCCGGUCCCCCUUCAUGGAUGGUGACACGCCAGAUCUCUUCAUGGACUCUGACCAUGGCACCAAGCGCUCUUCAGUCUUAUUUAUGUUGCCUUGGAGACUGAAUCAAGGCACAAAAUUGCAGGAGGACUCGACUACCUCAGAGAACCCACCCCACCUCAGUACCAGUACUGAGAACGGGCAGCUGCCUCCACCGGCCGUGGGCUGCUCCGGAGCCGGCACGGCCCCAGCCCCAGCUCCUGCCUCGGAGCCAGCCAGCACUGCAGCUGACUCCUGUCCUCCCCCAGACACUCCAGCUGUGUGCCCUGACCUGCCACCACCCCCGGACUGGCUCUGGGAAGCCACCGAGGAGCCCAGCUCCGAUCCCAGCAAGCCCUCGGCACUGCACUUGGAAGCAGAGGAACCACAGCCCUCAGCACCUGAGCUACUGAUCCAGGAGAUCCAUGAAACACUGCCCCAGCCAGAACACCCUUUGUAGACUGCCAGGUUAACUUCCAGAGUACCUUUUUCUUUUAAUACAUUUUUCUUAUUUUCAAAAAAGUGGAAAAAGGAGAAGUUGAUGCAGGCAAGAACAGUGAGGCCCCUUGACACUUCCCUGGUGUUUCCCAACUUCAGCUUUCACAAGAGAGAACAACCUGCUUCUGCCUGAAGCAAAUCUCUGAGUACAAUCCGAGCUGUGCCCAGUCAUCACCCAUCAGCAGAGAGUGCAGGAGGCAGAGCACACAGCUGUGUGUGCCGGUGACACGCGGGGAGCUCAGACACAGCCCAGCUUCAGAGGGACCCGGCUUCACUCCCCUGGGCGGGGCAAGUGAACGCAACCCAUUCCAGGCCACUUUAAUAAAGCUUUCUGAGUCAAAGA